AUGAUUGGUUUAAAAGAAGAUGCAAUAACAGAAGCAAUGUCGGAAGUAGAUACUGAAUAUGAAAACCUAUUACAAGGUCGGCUUCAUAACCUAUCAGGAUCAUCCACCGUGUCAUACGGUAAUAUUUUCGACAAGCAACUAAGUGGAUCUCACAGUUCCACCACUAACCUCAGGGCACAGAAGCAUUUCCCUGGUAGUGAGGAUAAUGCUUAUUAUGAUAGAAGCGGUCCAUUAUCACACGAACUGGACGAAAAUUAUCGUUCGGCAUUGAAAACUUAUAAAGAAAUCGAAAUAAUCGGUAAAUGUGGCGACAACUUGACCGGAAAAUUGAUCAAAAAAGCUCGUACAAAUUAUCGUUUGUUGGAGAAAAAGGUUCCUAUUAUAGAUCCGGUUUGUUGCGAAUGUGAUUAUAGUGCUAAUGAUCUCAAAGAAAUAUGGAAGUUAUUAGUGUGCCCAAAAUGUGUAAAAGUGGCAUGUUGCUCUAGAAAAUGUUUAAACAAUCAUAUCGAAAAAAUUCAUAAAUCAUAA